AUGUUAUUUGUAUUUAUUUUUAUUUUAUAUUCAUAUUUUUAUCGUUUUUAUGAAAAUUUGUUCUUUUAUUUCGUAUUUAUAUUUUUGUUCAUUUCUGUAUUAUUUAUCAUUGUUAUUAAUGUAACUAUUCUUUUUCUUUAUAUAAUUUCUUAUUAUAAUUUAUUUUAUUUACAUAUCCUUUUCCUAUCAAAUUUAUAUAUUAUAAUUAUCAUCAUUAAUCCAAUAAUAAUCAUAACAAGAUUUAUUUUCAUUAUUCUAUUUCAACUACUUGGAUAUGCACAAAUUCAUUUAUCAGAUUUAUUUUUAUUAUAUUCAAAUUUAUAUCAUGAUUCAAAAUAUGAUAGUACAUAUUUUGUACUCAAUUCUCAUUUAUCUCCAUAUUCAUAUCAUCAAUGUCCAUGUUUUAUAUUAAUUUCUUUAUCACAUUUUUUAUCUAUUUUAACUAUUCUUUUAUUAUUUUGA